AUGUUUUGGGGUCAAAUGGUCAUAAAACGGGUUAGGGGGAGGAGGAAGGGGGAACGUUUGAAGUGCGGAACGAGCGGGCUGCAGCGCGGUGUUUCCGCCGGCGCCCGUUCGUUACCGGACCGCUCCCCCGGGGCGCGGGGCCGCAGCCUCCAGGAUCACUUCAAAACAAGCGCUGUUGGCAGGAUGCUGGGCUCCCUGCUCUUCCCCCCGGCGAGCUGGCCCCUCCGACGCCUCGGCCGUGACUUGCAGCGGUGCCGGUGGUGGCUGCGUGGGCAGAAGGGGGCUGCCUGUCCCCACCGGGGGCUGCGAACCUCACGGGCAGCCAGCAGCCGUGACACUGCCCCCGUCUUCACUAGGGCUUUGACUUUUGGUGAUAAAAUCGCCAUCGUUGACCAACACGGUGAGCACACUUACACGGACCUCUUCCGCCAAAGCCUGCGCCUGUCGCAGGAGAUCUGUAGGGUCCUGGGGCGCUCCAGCAGAGACUUGGAGGAGGAGAGGAUCUCGUUUCUGUGCCCCAACGAUGCCUCGUACGUGGUUGCCCAGUGGGCUUCCUGGAUGAGCGGAGGCAUAGCCGUGCCCCUUUACAAGAAGCACCCCGUGCAGGAGCUGGAGUACGUGAUCCAGGACUCGCAGAGCGCGCUCGUCAUCGCAGCAGAGGAAUACGUGGGGAAAAUAGCCCCCAGUGCCGAGAAGCUGGGAGUCCCACUUCUGCCACUUCCUAAGGCUGGUGGCGAUGGGUCUGCAAGUCAUGCAGCAGUGGAAGAUGUGCCCUUGGCGUCCUGUGCCUCCUGGAAAGACAGGGGAGCCAUGAUAAUCUACACAAGUGGGACCACGGGAAGACCAAAAGGGGUCCUCAGCACCCAUGAGAACGUGCAGGCCGUGACCACGGGGCUGGUUGAAAAAUGGGAGUGGAAGAAGGAGGAUGUGAUUCUGCACGUGCUGCCUUUACAUCAUGUCCACGGGGUGAUCAAUAAGCUGCUCUGUCCUCUCUGGGUGGGAGCGACAUGCAUCAUGUUACCCGAAUUCAGCGCACAGAUGGUUUGGAAGAAGUUCCUAAGCACCCAAGCUCCCCGUGUCAACGUCUUCAUGGCAGUGCCCACCAUCUAUGCCAAGCUGAUAGAGUAUUACGACAAGCAUUUCUCUCAGCCACAGGUCCAGGACUUUGUGCGUGCCUUUUGCCAGGAGAAUAUCAGGUUGAUGGUAUCAGGCUCCGCAGCCCUGCCUGUGCCUGUCCUGGAGAAGUGGAAGAGCAUCACUGGGCACACGCUGCUGGAGAGGUAUGGGAUGACGGAGAUUGGGAUGGCGCUUUCUAACCCUUUGCAUGGAGUCCGUGUCCCAGGUUCGGUGGGGACCCCGCUGCCCGGCGUGGAGGUGUGCAUUGCCACCGAGACUUUGAGGAGUGGUGGUCGCUCCUACACCGUCCAUGCUCAGGGAGAUGAAAACGGCACACAGGUGACUCCAGGUUUUGAAGGCCAAGAAGGGGAGCUGCUCGUCCGGGGGCCCUCGGUGUUCCGCGAGUACUGGAACAGACCCCGGGAAACAAAAGAUGCUUUCACGCCCGACGGCUGGUUCAAAACAGGUCUGUGGCUCAUGGAAAGUGGCUUUGGGAAGUCCCCGCGCUCCAGCCUGGCUCUCCGAGGAGCACCAGCCCGGGCUCUUCACCAAGUGUCAGCAAGGCGAGGCUAAUUUGCAAAACCUGCCAUGGUUCCUUAACAGGAAAAGGUCUAAUUAAUAUUAGAAAGUGCUCAAACCCCGCUCUCCUGCUGGCAGGGAAGAGCCUGCCAGCCCCCUCCCACACCCCCGGGGUCCUGCAGGCGUUGCUUUCCUCCCGGGCUCUCCACGCUGCCGUCUGCGUGCAGCCACUUCUGAAUGCUGGAGGAGCCACUCCGGCAGCCAGGAAACUGUUAAACAAGCAGCUCCGACCUGCUGGGUCAGCAGGCACCUUCCACCAGGAGCAAAUCACUUAGCAGGUACCGUGGGGUGGGAGGAGGAGGCCCGUGGAGCACAAUUUGCUCGGGGCGAGGGCUGCGCCCCACGCAGGGGGACGCUCGGUGGCAGCUGAUCAAGGCUCUGCAGCUCCCCGUGGCAGGAGGGUGAAAUAACCCACUUCUGGUUCCUCGGGAAAAUAAAUUCCCUUUCAAAACCUUUUGCUGUUUCCUGAUGGGUUACAGAGGGCUGCCCUUGAUCUGCAAAGCGCCACGGCACGGCGAGCAGGAGGGGCAGGG